AUGGAGGCUUCUCCUGGUCUUGUAGUUGAUCGGUGUAGUUCAAACAGGGUGGUAUGCAGGCUGAACAAAUCAUUAUAUAGGCUGAAGCAAGCCAGCAGACAAUGGUAUGCCAAACUAACUGAGGCAUUGUCUUCAAAAGGGUACCAACCCUCUGAAAAUGAAUACUCCCUUUUCUACAAGAAAACUUUCUCAUCCAUUAUCUUUGUAGCUGUAUAUGUCGAUGAUGUUAUAAUCACUGGGACCGACUCAAAAGAGAUUGCAAGGUUGAAGGCUUUCCUGGAUCAAAGGUUCAGAAUAAAGGAUUUGGGCAGACUUCACUAUUUUUUGGGUCUAGAAGUCUUAUACAAACCAAAUGGUGUUCUUAUUUCUCAAAGGAAGUUUGCCUUGGUUUUAUUGAAGGAAUAUCAAUGUUUUGACUAUAGCAAUGUGUCCUCACCUCUUGAUCCUGCUGUGAAGUUAAAAGCACAAGAGGGGAAUCUUCUACUAGACCCCACAUACUACAGAAAAUUGGUGGAAAAGCUCAACUUUCUCACUAAUACUAGGCUAGAUAUAGCCUACAAUGUGCAACUCUUGAGUCAGUUUAUGCAAGCUCCAAGAGACUCCCAUUUGACUGCAGCAUUUCAUCUUCUUAGAUACCUCAAAAAGGAUCCUACACUGGGUAUUUUCUUCUCCAACAGUCCUGACUGUUCGAUCAAGGCUUAUUGUGACUCAGACUGGGCUGCCUGCCCGGACUCUAGAAGAUCUGUUACUGGGUACAUUGUUUUACUAGGAGACAACCCUAUUAGUUGGAAGUCCAAGAAGCAGGAGAUUGUUUUCUUAUCCUCAGCUGAAGCAGAAUAUAGAUCCCUCAGGAAAGUAGUUGGAGACCAGUCUGCCAUACACAUUGCCCAUAAUCCAGUGUUUCAUGAAAGGACCAAGAACAUUGAAGUCGACUGCCACUUUAUAAGGAACAAGCUGCAAGAAGGCCUAAUCUCUCUUCAUCAUGUGACUACUCACAAUCAAUUGGCUGAUAUUCUUACUAAGGCCCUCACAGGGGUCAAACAUUUAGCUGUUCUGGGCAAGUUGGUUGUGAGAACCUCACUUCCAACUUGA